AAACAGAGAGAGGCAUGGGAAGCCAACCAUGAGAAGGCAGAGGUGCCACCCUCGGGCAGCCUCUCUGGCCGGACCGAAGGCUCCCAGGGACCUUUAAUCCUCACCCUCACCCUUAGGAGAUGUAGGAGCCCCGGAGCACUCAAAGGGUCCGAAUGCCAGCCCCGUCCCAUAACAGUCUCUAGGCUGAUCUCUUCCCCUUACUGGGUUUGGGCUCCACCCCCAAGAAAACUGGCAGCCUGGAGGGAAAUGAGUCACGCCUCCUUGUCAUGGGAUCUGGGGGCCGGUUUGGGCUCCACUCUCACUCCCUGACUCCCUUCUCUGGCUCUUUCUGGGUGCUGAUCCCCAUCCACAUACCACAGGCCUCCACUCCUCAGUCUGCCCCACUGUUUAGCAUUCUCAGUUGGAGAUGACCAGUCUCCAAGGAAGUAGAAGGGGGCCUGGUCAUGGAUCCCCAGGCCUGGGACCUCCCGCUGAAAGGACUCCCCUCAAGUCCACAGGGACAGGGCCUGGACACCUCCUGCAGAUCCAGGCCGCUCUGACCAGCCAUCGGGAAUUCAUCUUGAGAAGAGUCACGGAAGGUCGUCUAAAUGCAGCCCUGGACUCUCUGCGUUCCUGCGGCGCUUUGUCUCGGGCCAGUUAUGAGGCCAUCUGCUCUGCCCCGACUCGGACGGCCCGCGUCCGGGCCCUGCUGGACACCUGCAUCUCCCUGGGAGAAGAGGCCACUCGGGUGGCUUUGGCUGUGCUCCUGGCUCCCCCUCAACAGAGGCUCAGAGGGUGGGUGACCCCCCGCUAUUUGGGACCCUCGAGGCAGGGCCAUUAAGCGCUUGGAAGAGUCUGAGGGACAAUAUUUUACUUCCUUUCUUCAUUUGUGUUGGUGUUGAAGUUUUUGUUUGUUUUAUUUUGUUUUUUUUCACACGCAAAAAAAAUACUCGAUUACACACAUAAAAUCUGUAUCAGAUUGUUUACCGUCUCAAGGAAGAGAGAGAGUAGGGAGUGAAAUUAAAAAACAAGCAAACAAAUGUUAAAAUGAUUAUAU